AUGCACUGUGACGUCGAUAUCAAUGACAAUUACGACAUUUCCCCGCUCAUAUCUGCAUACAACAUUGUUCUUCAACAACAUGCAUCGUCGACUGCGAUUCGAGUCGGAAACAGUCGCUACUUCGGGUUCCCGUGUUACAAGGCAAACGAGCUCUCGCCCGGGCUUACCGGCUUGGAGGCUUUUAGAGGCUUCUUUUUGUCUACAAGGCCUGUUUUCGGAGAGCUGAUGAUCAAUGUUGGUGUAUGCAUGACACCGUUCUACAAGCCCGCACGACUGGAUUCGGCGUACAAAGAAUUUGCGAAUCUUUCCAGGGGCGCAACUCUGCAGCGGUUUGCUCAGAAUAUCAAAGUGACCACCACAUAUCUCGGUUACACCAAGCACCGCCCGCUCUGUUACAGAUCACCACGUUGUCUGCAGAGAAAACGAUGUUUGAAAAGGAUGGACGCCGGAUUUCAGUCGCCGAGCAUUUUCAAACCGACACUAGCUCACAAGAUAUCGCUGAAGCGUCCAGAUCUUCCAGUCGCUGACCUUGGGACAGCGAGGAGGGCGAACUAUGUUCCACUGGAGCUGUGUAUGAUUGAAUCACAGCCAUUCAGAGGUCUUCUUAAUGAUCAAGAGACCACGAAGAUGCUGAAUUAUGCCUGCUGGUCGCCGGAAGUCAACUUCGAAGAGAUCAUCAACAAAGGAUUACCCUCGCUUGCUUUGAUGGAACCCAAAGUGAGCCUUUUAGACAAGUUCGGUAUAUCGAUCAGCAAGACGAUGACCGAUGUUCCUGGGCGAGAGCUUCCUCCGCCAAAAAGUCUACAAUACCGUCACGGUCCUCUUUGCAUGCAGCCGGCAAGAGGAAGUUGGAACCUCGCGAAUGUGAAAUUCCACACUGGAGCUUCUGUUGCCAAAUGGGCAGUUCUGGUCGUGUCUGAUGGGUAUCCUCCUAAUGAUGACGACGUGUCCAAAGUGUGGACAGGGCUCAGAGAAGGUUGUAAGAAGUCAGGAAUGACUUUCAAAAACCAGGAUCCGACUAUUAGAACGUCCCACUUGCCCCGACAAUCUCAGGACAGGGAUCGGUCGAAGGGUAUAAUGGAAAUCAAGCGGACAAUCCAGAACCUUGUGAAGGACAAUCUGCUGUUCGUACUUGUCCUCCUGCCUUUCCGUGAUACGAAACUAUACCCCGGCGUCAAACGCAUCUGCGAUGUCGAGUUCGGGAUACAUUCUGUCACGAUUGUCCUGAACAAGGUCCUGAAAAAUAAGGGUCCGCAGCAGUACUACGCCAACGUCGCUCUGAAGCUCAAUCAGAAACUUGGGGGCAUCAAUCAUAUGCUCGACUGUCGAAAGCACGAAUUGGCUCACUACGAAGAGCACGAUGCUUGCACCCCAUCCAUCGCUGCAGUAAUCGCCACUAUUGAUCAGUCUUUCGCGCAAUGCCCUGCAAGUUUGAGGUGUCAGCAGUCAAAGAAAGAGAUAAUGCUAAAGCAGCUGAAAGCGUACAAAAAAAAGAGUGGUUUCCUCCCUGAGAGAGUAAUCGUCUACAGAGAUGGUGUCUCAGAAGGUCAGUUCGACACAGUACUCGAGCACGGCUCUGAGAAGGACAAGAUUCUGGAUGCCUUCAAGGCUAUCCACAAAGAAACCAAGGACCUUGCUGAGUAUCAGCCCCACUUGAGUAUUAUCAUCUGUGGGAAACGGCACCAUGCUCGCUUCAGGCCGAAAGACCAGAAGAACCAGAGCCGAAACGGAAACACGCGUCCCGGAACAGUCGUUGAUAGACGCAUCACCGCCGUUCAUGAUUUCGACUUCUAUUUGCAAGCUCAUGAUGGGAUCAAGGGCCACGCGCGACCUCCUCACUACACAGUCAUCUAUGAUGAGAGUGGUCUUAGCACUGACGACAUACAGCAGGGCACACACACCGCUAGUUACUUAUAUGCUCGUGCCACCAAGGCAGUGAGCCUUGUGCCCCUCGCGUAUUAUGCUGACCUGGCAUGCGAGCGGGUGCGGUGUUACCUUGAUGGAUUUCUAAACUCAGAGCAGCUUCCUGCACCUGGCUCCUCGAGUCAGAAAGGAGAAAGUAAGGGCAAGGGUAAAGGAAAGGCUGUGGCGGCAGACGAAAGGGAGGCAGCCAAACAACGUGUUUAUGACGCUGCUCUUGAAGCAUGGUGUGAUGGCGUUCAUCCCAAUUUGAAGGAGACGAUGUUCUAUAUCUGA